ACUAUUGUUCAAAGCAUAUCCUCCCUGUUGUGUGAAUUUGUUUAUAAAAAUCUAACCUACAAAAUUAUACUUGAAACCACUAUCUUUCUGAGUGUUGGUGUUCUGUUGAAAUGUUCUUCUAGUUUUCGCGUCUGGUACAGUAACAUUUAUCCGUCGAAAUGGCCAGAGGUCCGAAGAAACAUUUGAAGCGUUUAAACGCACCCAAAGCAUGGAUGUUGGAUAAAUUAGGAGGUGUCUUUGCUCCUCGUCCAAGCACCGGUCCACACAAACUUCGGGAGUCGCUACCAUUGUUGAUUUUUUUGCGUAAUCGUCUGAAGUAUGCACUUACUGGUGCUGAAGUCACCAAGAUUGUCAUGCAAAGAUUAAUCAAAGUUGAUGGCAAAGUCCGUACUGAUCCUAAUUAUCCAGCUGGUUUCAUGGAUGUUAUAUCAAUUCAAAAGACCAGUGAGCACUUUAGAUUGAUUUAUGAUGUGAAAGGUCGUUUUACCAUUCACAGAAUUACUCCUGAAGAAGCAAAGUAUAAGCUGUGUAAAGUAAAGAGGGUACAAACUGGACCCAAAGGUGUGCCAUUCUUAACAACUCACGAUGGGCGUACUAUCCGUUAUCCUGACCCGAACAUCAAGGUUAAUGAUACUAUUAGAUACGACAUUGCAUCAUCUAAAAUCUUGGAUCAUAUCCGUUUUGAAAACUGGUAAUUUAUAUGUUUAUUAUUUUAGUAAAUUAUGUUAAGUGUUUUGGUAACUGAUUUAAAACAUUGAUAUUUUUAAAUAUUAGGAAACUUGUGCAUGAUUACUGGAGGUCGUAACUUGGGGCGUGUUGGUAUUGUUACCCAACAGGGAAAGGCAUCCAGGAUCUUUUUGAUAUUGUUCACAUUAAGGAUGCAAAAUGAACAUAUUUUUGCUACUCGAAUGAACAAUGUUUUUAUAAUUGGAAAAGGUCAAAAGAACUACAUUUCUCUGCCAAGAAGUAAGGGAGUGAAAUUGACUAUCGCUGAAGAACGUGACAAGCGUUUGGCUGCGAAGACCAAGUCAAGCAGACGUUGAAAGCUUGUUUUUACAUUUUCAUGUGGUUUAAAUAAAUGACUUUAAAAUACAAA